AUGAGACUGACUAUAAAUCUCACUCUUGCAACCAUUAUACUACUGCCUUGUGUGUUGGGCGAUAAUGACAGGAAUCAAACAACAGCUGCUGUGCUGAUGGCACGCGAACUAGUCAAAAGUUUUCUCAAUGGCACAGUAAAUGGAUUGACUCCAGGUCUUGUGAUUGGUGUAUCAGUCAAAGGUGAACAGAAAUGGUUAGAAGGAUUUGGUUUGGCUAAUAUAGAAAACAACGUAACGAUGAGCAGUGAAGCGGCCAUGCAAAUAGGUUCAAUUACCAAAUCGUAUACAGUUGCGGUAGCCUCUCGAUUGUUGGACAACGGAAAAUUAAGCUUUGAUGCACCAAUCAGGGAAUACCUAUCAUACGAUGAUCUACCCGAUAAAAUGUGGAAUGACAGAGUCGUGAACAUCACUUUGAGGCAACUAUUUCAGAUGACGUCGGGUUUUCCAGCAGGACCUUCAGAGGAGGAGUUAGGAACCUGUCUCCGGUGUAGGAAUCAGACGGGACGUUUGGCUUUCGUGAGAGAUAGAGAUCUUGAAUUUGAACCUGGUACAAAUUUUACUUAUUCCAAUUACGGCACUGAAUUGGCUGGAGCCGUUAUCGAGAAAGUUCUACAAAAUAAAACUUUCAACGAUGCAUUUACGGAAAUGGUAAGAGAUAUUUUAAGGUUGAACAACACCGCCAUGAUCAACACCACACUGGUAACCCCGAAUCUCGCUUCCUUUUAUACAACUAACAUGGAAACCGUUUAUAAUAGUGGCAUGUGGAACGACAUUUUUCUAAACGACUUUCAUGCUGCAGGUGGUAUCAUUUCAACCAUAUCAGAUGUAUUAGUCUACGGUCAGGCAUGGCUAGAUGCGUAUUACGGACGCGGUGAACAUUUCCUCAAACAGUCAACCGUAAAGGAGGCAUGGACUCCGAGCGGCGUAACUCCUUCUCCUUAUGGACUUGGUUGGGUGAUUCAAAACGUUACGGACAACAGACCUAGUGGUAAUCAGGUAGUUUGGCAUAAUGGAGGCACAUUAGGUUGUCGGUCGAUACUUGCGAUAUAUCCGGAAACAGAAGUGAUUGUCGCUGCUUCAGUUAAUUUGGUCGAAAGCCCUAUCGAUCUAUUUGUACUGGAAGGUGUUAUCGCCGAUCUGUUUGCCAAUAUUACACGAAUGGAUACAUCAUUUACUAAUGUCAAGACAGCGAAUGUUAAGAGUUCAAAUUUCGAGUGGAGGAAGACAAUUUUUUAA